AGUUAAAAAUGGCUCCCUAUCAUCAAUAAUAUGUUGUGUAUUCCACAAGCAUUAAGAUGGCUAGCAGUGAUAGCUCUUCCUCUUCAAGCAGUGACUCUAUCUUCAGGACGAGAAAUUAGAUGCAAAUUGGUAUGGCUGAAGGAGAAAGUUAAGUCCACUCCACGUGGGCAUAACUAAAUCGUGAUGGAAGGGUGCAAGAAGUCUGUUUCACCAGGGGAAUGACCAAAAAGGAGACUCGGGAAGCAAUUGUCACGACUUUUCAAGGAUUGCGUGGCUUCAAAGGUAGAAGCAUCCAUAUUUACAAGUCCACAAGUAGAGGGAGCAAGAUGGAGAGGGUGUUAAAAGGCAUACCCACUGCAAAGUCAAUUUUACAAAAAUGCGGCACGACCACAAGAAAAAAUUUCAUCUCGGUCAAAGAAAAGCCAGUUGGACACUACCCAGAUACUACUGCCCCAACAAAGACAAAACCUCAGAAAAGUGAAGAUGAUAGUCAAUUCAGUGAACUUUUUCGACGCUUCCAAGAUGUGCUUGAGCAAAGAGAUAUCCACUACCUAUUUGUCAAUGUCGACUGCAAGGAGAACCAGAAAAGAAGAAAAAGAAGACACGAAAGACAAGAAAGAAUAAAAAUAUUCCAUGUCUGCAAGAAGGCAAUGAGAAAACUACUGAAAGUGUAGAAAUGUAGAAGUUGGAACUGAGAUUAAAAAGAAUUAACCUUAAGUGAGCAUGCAAUGUCUUCUACAUAGCCUUAAGUUUUCUUUUCAUUCCUGUCAAAAAGUUUUCUUUGUAUAUAUGAUGAGAAUAAACAAUAUCAAGUUUUCCAACAUGUAUUAGUUGAUUGCAAUCUGGCCAGAAGGUAUCAUUGACAACAUUAUUAUCCAGAGGCAAAGAGGUCAUUCAGCUUUAAAAAAGAUGCGACAGAUAAUAACAAACUUUACGUUUCAGAAGAACCCAACCCAGCACUUUAUUGAUCUAGAGAUGCUCGAAAGGAAGUUGCCUGAUCAUCAAGGGAAUAGAU